AAACUGCGUUGAUAAUAAAGAAAACAGCCCUUACAUCUCAUAGCUCAGUACAAACCACCCAUUAGCGACUUUAACACGCUGCAUGCCAUUAUCAUCAGUCUGGUUGAGGCUGGUGCUCAGAUUGACAUAUAAAUUUGUUUAGGAUAGAUAUUUAGUAAUUAUCAAUUAAAUUUCAACAAAAUUCUUAAUCGAUUGAAACCAAUUUCAGGCCAACGCUUGACUUCUUUACUAAUAGCAGCAAAGAACGGCCAUGACAAAAUGGUCCAGUUCCUUCUGGACCAAAAGAAGGUGGAUAUCGACCAGACUGGGACUGUUAGUUUUGACAAGUCUGUGUUGGAUGGAGCCACGGCUCUUUGUUGUGCAGCAGGUGAAGGACAUAUUAGGAUUUUGCAAAUCCUCGUGUCUCGCUCUGCCAAUGUCACCCGCCCCAGCCAGAUCAACAACACCCCUCUCCAUAUAGUCUGCUUUAUGGGCCAGCUGGACAUCAUCAGUCUGGCCGAGGCUGGUGCUCACAUUGACAUGGCCAACAAGGAGAAGACGACGCCGUUGGAGAUAAGCACCUAGGGAGACUCGGAUAACCUUCUAAAAACAUACAUGAAAAUUAAUCUACAGUGCCUGGCUGCUCGGGCUAUCCGACAACAUCACAUCCCCAUACUGUGGGAAGAUUGAAAAAAGCCCAGACAAGUUGAAUUUUCAGCUUGAGCUUCAGCAUUACCUGCUGAAUGAAGCAGAGUUUUUUUCAUGCACUUGGGGUAGUCCGGGUGCAGGGCAUACAUCAGUCCAAAAAGGCCACAAUAGGCCUGAAGCAUGUUGGCCAGUUUAUCCAUCACCACACUCCCUUCCAAGAUGAUGUCCACUGUAGAUGGGUUGAGCUGAGGUUUUUCUUGAUCUAUGCAGAGGAUUCUCACUGGAAAAAAAAAAAAAACAGAUUGACAACCAGAAGAUAUACUGUAAUUAGGCAGUUGGAUAAUGCAGUCUUGUCCAACCUCUAACCUAUUUAUAAUAAAAUAUAAACUGCACUGUUCUUAAUUUGACUUUUCAUUGAUUACCAUAAUUAAAUCUAUACAUUGCCCAUUCUCG